AUGUUCAAGUUUGUUGCUGGUCUUGUCGCUCUCGCCUUUGGUGUGUCUGCCCUCCCGGCGUCCAUCGACUUUGGAAGUCUUCCCGAAGGCUUUACCGUCGUGGAUGGUUCGAUUCGCCCAGUUUCUGGUGGAACUCUUGGCAUCUAUAUCCCUCGUUCUGAUGUUACACCCCCCGCUGGUUUCAACAUGGAAAUCGAUAUUUUACAGAAUGUUGACCUUUUUCCAGUGGUGUCAAUGGAAGUGGUUGCCCUGCUGGAUCCGCCUACUAUGUCUUGA